AUGUUUAAUACAUUGUCGACUGGAAAAGUGGUACGUGGUUCCUAUUCUCGAUACAAGUUCGCACGAAACAGUGGCUCAAUGGGCAAAUUCGAGCCAGAAGAACAUGCACUGGGGGCAGUUGUGGACAAGAGGCUCUCUACAGAGGGCGGAACGCUAACAGAAUCGCCCAAAAUUGCAAACAUUCACGAGCUGGUAAGCGAUGAGGGCAGCUCACCCGCAGCCAAAGAGGUGGCAGUGAAGAUCCUGGCGCGCACUUUCAAAGAAGUGACAUUCACAGAAUAUGCAAAUUACCUGGGAGCUCCUGGAAACGGACAGGUUUUGCGAGAAUUUCUGGCAUUGCUGAGGCCAUUGCCCCAAUCGCUGGUAUCAACGUUACGCAAGCUGUCCAACAGCGUGUACUUUAUUGCAGAGGCUGCAAAUAUCGACAUGAUCUUGGAAGCACUCGCAAAGCAAUGGCUGGAGACGCACAACGUGGCACACUACCUGGGCGACUACAAAUUGUGCCACAUAGUUCUGUUUUCGUUACUAAUACUGAACUCGGACUUGCACAACGGCGCAGCAUCUGAGAUGCGGUUCAGUUGUGACGAUUUCGUUCAAAAUACCAUCUAUGCACUUCAGAAAGAGCGUGCAGAAGUGGAUGUCGCUGCGUUCUCGAGCGAGCUAGCGGAAUUCUAUCGUUGCCUCGAGAAAGAGCAACUCCCGCUGCUCAAACCCACCGCGACAUCCACUAGUCGGCUCACAAAAAGAUCAUCCGGGGGGAGUAGCCAUUCAACAAUGCGUAAACCAUCAAUUUUGUCCAUGCGUAGCAGUGUGGCGUUAGAGCGCAGCUCAUCUCGCCAAUCGCUAGCAUCUAACAUGUCGCAGGUUACCACGCGGGAGACGCAUGCUACUAUCAAUUCCAAGUAUCGCCAGGGUAAGCCCUUGGAGAAGCUGUAUUUGGAAGAACCCUUCGAUCUCCGAAUGCGCAAUAAAAAUCGCACCCCUUGGCUCAUGGACGCACUAUUAUUGGUUCAAGAAGCCUCCAGAGCUCCAACGGCAACACCUCAACUUCAUUCUAAUCAUCAUCAUGGCCGCAAAAAUAAACUAUUUUCGUGGUUCAAGAAACAUUCGCGUGACUCCAUCUUCGAUGAGCAUGCGCAUCUAUCGACAAAAGAACAUUGGUCGCGGGUUCGGAUGCGCGUUGCUGAAGGUCGUUUGGUGCUUUUCUAUUUUAAGAACUCUUUGAGCGACAAGACUUCAGAAAAUGAGGUGAUGGGCUGGGAUAUUGAGACAUGCAAGAGGAAAUCUUCCCAGUGUCGAAUCUACAAUUUACUUGGCACGUUAGCUACCUUGGUACAAGAGAACAUUGUGGCUAGCAACGGAUCAGAGUCCACUCCUGCGAGCUUUACCUUGACAUUCCCUCGGGUAGUGGAUACAACUAGUGGACUUUCAUUGCAUUUCAAAGCAGACAAUCUUCAGACCGCUCGCAAUUUUACUGAUAGUUGUAACUUUUGGAGCGGCCGAAUCACGCCCAUUCCUUCCGCCCAAAUCGAGAUGGUGUCGAACGCUGAGUAUGGGUGGAGCCCACAAUUGUUGGACGGUAAGAUCAGUUUCUCGGAUGUCCGUCUGACGAACUGGGAGCCUCUGAUGGGGCUUGAUGCAGUUUUCGAGGACAUGGAUGAGAACAUCGCCCUGUGGGACUUUGAGUCUCAACUUUAUGGGCUCCGAAUCUUCACGGAGACGCUCAGCGAUUUGAUAGACAGACAUAACGCCCGGAAACCCCGCAUGAUUGCCAUAUGGAGUGGCAAUAACCAGACACAUGAAAGUCAGUUCGAAAGAGCCAUGGAUAACUGGAACAACAAGUACCUUUACUUGAACAAACAAUACGAAAGACACAUUGUUUAUUUGAAAACUCUCAAAAAAGCAAAAGAUCUAUAUUUAAAAUCUGAUUCCGAGGAUGAAGAAGCCUAG